UCUGUUUCCAUAUAAAAACCCACUUUCUUUUCUUCAUCUACAUUAUGUAGGGUUCAUGUAUCAUUUACUUCACACAUAUAUAUAAUUACAUCUCCCAAUUUCUUAUGAUCCAACCCCAGAAACAAUGUAUGAUCAAGCUUCUAUCCGCAGUUGACCCUCUUCAUUUCAAUUUUCACAUAGCUCUGUGCGACGAUUAACUUUACACAUCACUCAGAAGGUCAAAUCACAGUCCAGGGGAAAGAAAUAAAGAUCGAGCGUGGAUUACAAUUGUGAUGCUGAAUGUUGCUUCCAGUUGUCGGUUUAGGGAUGAAUUCUGCAAUGGAUGACAUGAGUUUGAUUCAGCAGAGACAUCAUCUGGUGGUUAGGGAGCUCGGAGGCGAAAUCGAUCUGGAAAUCGGACCUGGGGAUGACGAUCCUUCAUUUGCACACGCCCCUCUAAUUGGCGUUCCACCGCAAGAGUCUUCGGCUGAUGACCAUGAUGAGAACAAGAAUUUAGCAAUCGUUUCCCACAUUCCAAGUGACGAUCAAGAAAUCUUGAAGUCAUUGCCAGCUAAAAGAAAGAAGAAGGUGGUGAAAAGAUGGAGAGAAGAAUGGGCUGAUACAUACAAAUGGGCGUAUGUAGAUGUGAAAGAAGGGACAACACGGAUAUUCUGCUCGAUUUGCAGGGAGUACGGUAGGAAACAUAGAAGAAAUCCUUACGGAAAUGAAGGCAGUAGAAAUAUGCAAAUGAGCGCGUUAGAAGAACAUAACAACAGUUUGCUUCACAAAGAGGCUCUUCGCCUCCAAUUGGCCUCCAAAGAUAAGAUCAUUGCCGAUAAACCCAUAUACGUAAAAGCUCUAAUGUCAAAAUCGGCUGGAUCGAUUGUUGAAGCUGCACUAAAAAGGGAUCCUAACGAGCUCGAGUUCAUACAGUCUGUGCAAGAAGUUAUUCAUGCUCUUGAACGAGUUAUUUCAAAGAACUCGGGUUAUGUCAACACCAUGGAGCGGUUGUUAGAGCCUGAGCGUACAAUUAUUUUCCGAGUCCCGUGGAUUGAUGAUAGGGGUGAAAUGCAUGUCAAUCGAGGGUUUAGGGUCCAAUUCAACCAGACUUUGGGUCCGUGUAGGGGAGGCCUUCGGUUCCACCCGUCUAUGAACUUAAGUAUCGCUAAGUUUCUUGGUUUUCAGCAGACGUUAAGGACCGCACUAUCUCCUUACCGGCUUGGAGGAGCAUCAGGUGGAAGCGAUUUUGAUCCAAAAGGGAAAAGUGACAAUGAGAUUAUGCAUUUUUGCCAAAGCUAUAUGGAUGAACUCUAUCGUUAUGUGGGUCCUGAUAAGGAUCUUCCUUCGGAGGAGAUGGGCGUUGGCACUCGUGAAAUGGGGUUUCUCUAUGGUCAAUAUAGACGCUUGGCCGGACAUUCUCAGGGAAGUUUUACUGGCCCGAGGCUUAACUGGUCCGGUUCCAGCUUACGCACCGAAGCUACUGGUUACGGGCUGGUUUUCUUUGCACAACUUAUACUUGCAGACAUGAACAAAGAACUUAAAGGACUAAGAUGCGUGGUUAGUGGGUCCGGAAAGAUAGCAAUGCAUGUCUUGGAGAAGCUUAUUGCAUACGGUGCUCUACCCAUCACGGUGUCAGAUUCAAAAGGUUACUUGGUGGAUGAGGACGGAUUCGAUUUCAUGAAACUAUCGUUCCUUAGAGACAUCAAAGCACAACAUAGGACUUUAAGAGAUUAUUCAAAGACUUAUGCUCGUGCUAAGUACUACGAUGAAGCAAAGCCAUGGAACGAGAGGUGCGAUGUCGCUUUUCCUUGUGCUUCACAAAACGAAAUCGAUCAUUCCGAUGCCAUUAGCUUGGUUAAUUCGGGUUGCCGUAUACUUGUUGAAGGUUCGAACAUGCCAUGUACCCCUGAAGCAAUGGAUGUUUUGAAGGGGGCGAAUGUUCUAAUCGCCCCUUCCAUAGCUGCCGGUACUGGAGGGGUUGUUGCCGGUGAGCUUGAGCUAAAAGAGUACAAUUUGAACUGGGCACCCGAGGAUUUCGAGUCUAAACUACAGGAAGCAAUGAAACAGACGUACCAACGAGCUCUAAAAGCUGCAGUUGAAUUCGGUUUUCAGAAAGAAAGUCCCGAGGCUUUGGUUCAUGGGGCCGUCAUCUCCGCGUUUCUGACCAUCGCUAGCAGCAUGUCGGAACAAGGAUGCGUGUAGACCAUCGAUCAAUGAUCAACGAUCAUCUAUAACGAUCAACGAUCAAUCGGGAAACAGGAAAUCCCUGUGUGUAUAUAUAGUUGUAGCUGAGAAUUGUUGUUUGUUAUUAGGAUGCUGAAAAGGAAUCAAUUCCUGAGCAUAUUGUGUUCUUAUGAUAUGUAGGAUUCUGUCAAAAUGGAAAUAAAUUAUUAAAUCAUAUAUU